AUGUUGAUUUGAAUUAUUCUCCCGACUUUCUUAUUUCAUUCUUUGCUGGCUAUUUGUACUGAUUAGAUCGUAAAUUCAUUUUGCUGAGAAAUUGUUUUUUGAUUAAUUGAUAAUUUUUUUUAAGAUUAAUUGUGAUUUUGUAAAAGAAUUAAAUUUUACUUGCAUUUAUUUUUUUAAAUAAAAUAAAGGAUUUUGUGAAAAAUACUAAAAUGCGGCGAUCCUGCCUCAAUUUUUUCAUCUUGAUCAUAUUCAUUAAUUUUUCAACAUCCAAAUCAGUCACAUUGGAAUGCAACUUUGGUUUAGAUGGUUGGGAUUUUGCAGUAAAAGAUGCUUACAUAUGCCGAGCCAAGACAAUUAAAUUCACAACAAAAGUUCUGAUUACAAAUGUUGAAGGUCAGCAUGUCAGUCCAAAUACAAACGACCGAGUUAAUGCAUUCCUUAUUUUCGACCAAACUUGUGAAUAUUUUCCAAGCGGAAUUGACAAAUUCUUCCCAAAACUUGAAGGAAUCGCUGUUCAGAAAUCAAAACUUAAAGUUAUCAAAAAGAAUGAUUUGAAGCCGUUUACGGAACUAAAGAGUCUGUCUCUUCACAGCAAUCAAUUGGUCACAUUGGGAUUUGAACUGCUGAAAUAUAACAAAAAAUUGCAAAUAAUUUCAAUUUUCUUCAAUAAAGUCACAAACAUCGCCGAAGACAUUUUUGAUGGAUUGGAUGAGCUGAAGGAAGUUCAUUUCCAAACAAACAUUUGUAUAGACAUAACAGCAAAGAAUGCAACAGAUAUUGAAGCAUUAAAGACUAAAAUUUACAAAAACUGCUCAUCAACUUUAGACAUGAAGUCACUUUACGAUCUUGAAAUUGCUUACGACGAACUGGAUGCAGUUUUAAGUCAAAAGUCCCAAGAAUUGCAGACUUGUAAAGUUGAAAAUAUAAAUCUAAGCAAUGCUCUUGUCAUUACUACAACUCCAGUGCCAAAAUCCAUUGAAACAACAACAUUUGAUCCUUGUGAAUCGAGAUUUGAAAAAUUGGCUGAAAUUGUCAAGAAGUUCGACAUCGAAUGUGAUGACUUUUAUGAUUCAACAUGCAUUGCCAAUGACGUCAUCAUUCAAUAUGAAAAUAUGGAACCAAAAGCUGUGAAAGUCUUUAACGGAAGUUACUUAGACCCUGCUGAAAUAAAAGAACUUGAGAUUCGUGGUAAAAAUAUUCAUUUCAUGCCAGAAAAAUUGGGUAUUUUUUUCGUCAACCUACAAAACUUGACAAUCAGCAACACAAGGAUCACAAGAAUUAAUGAAAGAUCGUUCACAAAUCUUGUUAAUUUACACACUUUAUCACUUCCUGAAAAUAAGAUCCGUACAAUCCACAAAAAUGCAUUUAGUGACUUAAAAAGUUGUGAAGUCUUAGACAUGUCAACCAAUAAGCUCACAGAAAUUCCAGACGCUAUAUCAGCCAUGCACAACUUAAAGGAACUCAACCUGGAACAGAAUCAAAUUACAAUUUUGAAUUGGAAAACUUUUGAGAAUCUCGGAAAUCUGGAGGAAUUAAAAGUUAAUGCAAACAGAUUAAAACAAAUCGGAUCGAAUCUACAGCAGAGGAACUUGCAACUUGUUGACUUGACAGAAAACAUUUGUGUCGAUUUGAAGUAUCCUGAUGAGAAUAUGGAGACAUUAGUGAACAUUUUUGCUGAUAAUUGUACAAUCGAGAUUGAUCUGAAAUGUGAAUUUAAGAUUCAAGGUGAUGAUUAUAUCUGUUUUGCAGUGGAUCUCAACAUUAAUAGUGAAAAUACCAAGAUUAAUAAAAUCACUGGACAACACGCAGCUCAGAAAACAAUCAAGGAUGUUAGUAAGUUCUCAUCAAUUAGCCAAAAUCUUCAAUUUAUUCCACAAAGCUUGCAAAAUUUCUUCCCAAAAUUGUCGAAACUUGAAAUCAUCUCAUCAAACUUACAAAAGCUUUCAGCUGUUAAGAACCUCAAGUGGAUUAAAAUUACAGGUAAUAACUUGGGCGAUAUAGACAGUUUCACAUUUAAUGAUGCUUUGGAACUUAAAUACAUUGACUUGGCAAGCAACAAGAUCACAAAGAUUCCUGAUAAUUUCUUCUCGGAUUUAAACAAUUUGAGCUAUUUAAAUUUAAAUGAAAAUCUUCUUAUCUCAUUUGGUGAAAAUUUAUUGCCAACAGUUAAUUCAAUUAAGGAAUUUUAUGGCAGUGGAAAUAAAUUGCAGAAAAUUGCCAAUAAAUUCAUUAAGAAUUUGAAAUCCGCCGAUAUUAUUGAAUUGAUGGGAAAUUCAUGUGUUGAUAAUAAAUUCAAUCGAUUCGUAGAUAAUUCGAAGAAAUUUAUGGAGUUGUAUGGUGAGGUUGACUUGAAUUGUUAAGUCACUUUUCUAUUAAUUUCUGGCAGUUAAUUUACAUAAUUUUUAAGAUUGAAAUCCUCUCAGAAAAUAUUAAUCAUUGCGUGGAAACUGAGGAUUCAUCCUGAAAAAUCCCAAAAAUCCUAAGAAA